AUGUUCAGCUAUGUUUUCUUCUUUUUCGUAUUCUAUCUGAUAACUCCAACUGAAUCAAUCCAAUGUCAUCAAUGCGGAGGAAUGGAGAGAAUGUCGAAAAUGACAAAGAAAAUGUAUAUGGAGUUGAAUAUUUCCCCGGAUCAAUAUUUCGGAAACUGUAAGGCAAAAUCUGGAAACGAUGUCUGCACUAAUGGAACUUUCUGUAUCAAGAGAGCCAAAGUCCACAGAAUCGGCUUCAACAGCUUCAACUACAAAUGGACGUCUUACACAAAGGGCUGCGCGAAUCUUCGCGAAGACAACGGCCAAACUCCAUCGAACGGAUGCUUCGAUUUGAAUCAGGACACAACUAAAGUCGGAUUCACUACUAAACGCCUCGACUGCUACUGCGACACGGAUUUCUGCAAUUCAUCUUCUAUCGUCUCAGUCGCUCUAACUCUCUUCUCGGCCGUUUUCUACAUCGCCCUGUCCAUUUAA